AAAAAGAUUUUUUCUUUUUUAUUAGUCUUAUUUAUUAUUAUAAUAAGUUUUGCACAUGCAUUUUAUAUUUUAUUAUCACUAAGAUCUGAAUUUUCACUUGAUCAACAUAAUACAAAUAAUGAUGAUCCAAAUAAUCCUUUGAAUUUAGCUCCUAGUUAUAGUCAAAUUAAUAAUGAUGAUGUUUAUAGAUAUUAAAACUUCUCUUUUUGCGAUAUAUUUGUUUUUAAUAGGUGAUUCAAGCGCAUUAUCCAAUUGGCCAUAUGCAGACAAUCCAUCAAUUGCAAUAUUGAUUAUUUUAUUUUGCCUCUUAAUAAUUGUUGUAUACCUUAUGAACUUGUUAAUUGGAUUACUCAAUAUAGCAAUUGAAGUAGAUAAUAAAAGAGUCUCAUAUUUGAUACAGAAGGCAGAGAUUUUAGCUGAGAUUGAGUUAUUUUACCUGUUACCACAUCAGAGACGUUGGAAAACAUGGUUUCCUAAAGUUAUGUAUUAUUAUGCUGAUGUUGAUAAGACUCGAAUAGAAAUUAAAAGAUUGAUUAAAGAGGGUGAAUGGGAUACUAAGGAAUUCACAGAGAUGCGGGAAAAUUUAUUCAAAGUACUUUCAAUUGAACAUAAUCCUAUUGACAAUGAGGUAAUAUUGGAGAAAUUAUCAGAAUUAAGAAAAAUUAGAAAAAUCUUAUCAUGA